AUGACCGGUGCUGUUAUUGUGGGCUAUGUGGUGGGGGGAGUGGCAGCCCCCUCUUUCAUUGCUCUGCUCUCUGACACCCCUUUUAAUCUGCUCUUUCCGAAUGCCCUCUCUCUCACCCAUUCUCCUUCCAUGCGUACUCUCCCCCCCCCCCCAACCCCUUCUUUCUCCCCGUCUAUUUCCCCAUCUGUACCCCCAGCUUCCCCGCCCGGCCCCCCUGCCGCGUCUACUGGGGGAGGGGGAAUGACGACUGCUGCGAUCGUGGCUCCCCCACUAACCCCCGCAGUGGCGCCUACUGGGGGAGGGGGCAUGACUACUGCUGCGAUUGUGGGCAUCGUGCUCCCCCUCCCGUCCCCCCUGUAA